AUUCUCUCUUUAUUCCUCACUUACUCUCUCAUUCCUGCAAAGACCCACCUAAACUCCACUUCUCUUGUGUUUGGAGUACUUUACAUGAGGACGGCUACGUUUGUUUUAAUAUCAUCUUAGGAACAUACUGGUAGAUCAAGAGUGAAGGAAGCAGCAAAACCGACAUUUUCCUCUUCAGAGAUGGAUGUGGGAAUGUUGGAGAUCCCGGCAGACCUGUCGGCUCGAUUACGCAGUGCAGCAGGACGUCCUCAAGGAUCAGGAGUAACAGAAGUAGCUCUGCCACAGAUCAAAGCAGAACACAACCUCUCAUUGCCCCAAGACAUUGACAGACACCCUUUCUCCCAAUAUGCCGACAAAGUCCUGAAGGACGGAUGGUGCCAGCCGCAAAGUUAUCCGCUUCAGAAGCCUCUGACGUCUCUGGAUCCUGACGAUGCCCGUACAGCUCUAGAAAUCUACAAACUGAUCCUGCGUUUCACAGGUGACUCUGAUCUGACAGGAUGGCAAGAGCAGAUGUUAGGGAACUAUAUUGUGGAGAAGAGCCAAUUACGGCCCAGCAUCAGAGAUGAGAUUCUAGCACAACUGGUGUACCACACUUGGGACGGGGAUAAUGAAGAGAGUGACCUGCGGGGCUGGUUGCUCCUGGCCUGCUGUCUGAGUGCCUUUACACCCUCUCCUGCCUUGGAGAAACCCCUGCUCAAGUAUGUGUCCGACCAAGGUCCAGGGGAGUAUCGCUCUCUGUGCCAGCACAAGCUCCUCACAUCCUUCCAGCUCCCCUCCCCGGCCUGCAGACGGCACCCUCCGAGUCAACUCGAGUGGACAGCCAAUCAGAGGAAAGGAAAGAUGGUGGUGGAGGUUAAUACUUUCAAUGAGGAAAGGUUAACUGUGGAGGCGGAGUCUUGGACCACAGGAGAACAAUUGGCCUCUUGGCUUCUUAGCUACAGGGGUCUGAAAGAAGCUACACGGGGCUGGUCUGUGUCUUUGCUGGCUGGGGAGGGCUGGGCCGACCUGGCUGGCUGUGAUUUUGUAAUGGAUCUCUUGGCUGGAGUGGAGGCUGAUGUGCCUCUGGGACACCCACCUGCUCAAACCGAUUACUUCUUUAGCAACACAGGCGACAGUAUGGCAACCACCGACCUGGAUGACUUCAUACCACCUGCUCCCUCUAUGCAAGCCCCUGGUUUCCCCUCCUUUGAAGCGUCCCCAUGGGACACCUAUGAACCCUCUUCCACAUCCCAGGGAUCUCGAGGUCGACAAAUGGAUGCUUAUGUUGAUGACCUCUUUGAUUCUGUGUUUGAUCAGGGUCCUCCGGACUUUGAACGGAUGGCCAUGCUGAAUCGCAGAAUGAGGGGAGGCGGAGGUAUGAUGCCCGGCAUGUACACCGGAGCAGGAAUGCCAAUGAAUCCCGCCAUGGCUGGCUAUGCUGCCACACCAAUGAUGCCAAGCAUGAUGCCUACUAUGCCCAUGAUGCAACCCAUGCAACCUAUGAUGAUGCCAACUGCCAUGCCACAAGCCAUGCAUGCUGCAACUCCGGCUGUCAACUCACAGCAGCUGCUGGGUUCUCAGCAGCAGGACUUUAUCAAUCAACAGGCUCUGCUUCUGGCUCAGCAGAUGACAAUGCAGGCGAUGACACUGUCCCAGAAGCAGCAGCAGGAAGAGAUGCGGAAACGUGAGAGAGAGUCAAAGAGACAGUCACCACGUCAGCGGCGGCGCUCUCCUCCACGUGCACGUUCACCUUCACGCUCACCCUCACCCAAACCCCGAAGCCGGCCCCAGGAAAAAAGAACCGUUCCUCAGGCCCCCAAAAAAGCCCCAGAGACCCUCCCAAAGCCCCGCAAUCCAGAGGUACAGCAUGAGGCAGAGGUGGAUCUCAGGGCCCCAGAAGAUCAAGGCUCCUUUCAGGAUAAGAGGAAUUUUUUUCAAAAGAUCGGAACAUCAGAAGUACGCCCGAAGUCUGCGCCAAAGGUUGCUAAGCCACUGAUAUAUGCCUCUCCGCCGGAGGUGACCCAACCCAAAUCACCUCCACCAGUAAAGACUAAAGUAAAACCACUCCCAGAACCUCCUAACAUCCGAACACCUGAACCAGAAUCUCCAGAACCCACAUCUCCUAAACCAGAACCUACUAGUAACAUUAGAGAGAUCAUCAAGCGGUACCAGAGCCGGCCCUCUCCAGAGCCUAAAGCCUUCGAGCCUGUCAGGGUUCCGGCCAAGCAUUUUGUAAAGAAAAAUGACCCCAAAGAAGAGGCACUGGCCAUUCUCAAAUCUCAGGGACCUGUCUCUAACCAGAAGAAACAGUGGGAACAGAAGCCUCCUUCACCCCCUCAGCCGCCUGAGUCCCAUGGCCCUCGUGAGAUCUCUAACGAUAUGAGGCAGAAGCAGCGUUCACUAGCUGAUCUCUUCGGCUCGCAGCGUACACAUGCUUUGCCUCGAGCUCGUGAGCCCAUCCUUCCUCCACCUCCCAACAUCCCCGACCCACCAGCAAUGCCUCCUCCUGUUCCUAAUCAGUUCAACAAGAUGGUUGAGGAGGAGAGUGUUCGCUCCCAGUUGCACAGAUUCUCUGCCAGCGUUUACUUUUCCUACCCCAGUAUGCCUGGCAAACUCUUCCUGCGCAAGGAGCUGUUUUAUCCCAGGGAAAAAUUCAACCACCCAUACAUUCUUAAUUUACUCUGUGAGCAGAUCAUGCGAGACACUUACUCGGAUUCUUGUCUGAGGAUUACACGCGAGGAAAGGCGUAAAAUGAAAGAUCUUUUGGCAAGCUUCCAUAUCGGAACCAGUAUCAAUUCACUCGAUGACACCCUGAAGAAAAGAAUUGUCAUGGCAGCAAGAGACAACUGGUCUAAUUACUUUGCACGUCUCUUUAAUGUGAAGGUGGGGAAUGGAGGAGAUGCUCAGAUUCUGGGAGUGUCACACAGAGGAAUCAGACUGCUGAAAGUGGCCAGAGCUUCAGGCAUAAACCCUAAACACCUCAGACUACUGCACAGCUACAGUUUUUCACAGGUGUUGUCAGUUCAGCAACAAGGGGCUGAUAAAGUUGUGAUCUCUUUGAGUAGUGAAGAGUUAGAGCUUCAGUCUCGACAGGCACCACAGAUCGCUGCUGUGAUUCAUCUCUUCCUCAUGGAGCUGAUUACGAACUCAGACUAUGUGAUUGCUGUGAAAAGCUAUGUGACAGAUGACAAGAGCUUGCUGAGCUUUCACAGAGGCGAUGUCAUCAAAAUCCUCAACAUGGACGGCCUCAAGGACGGAUGGAUGUUUGGUUCCAAUGGGGGCCGUUCUGGACUCUUCCCAGUGGAUGUCACUCAGCCUUGUGCCCCACCAGACUACCACAGCAACAACAUGGAGCGGCAGCUUGAACGGAAAAAGAGUAUGAGACUCACUGGCUCCUCCACCAGUGUACCAGCCAAUAGUCCUGUCAUCAACACGACUGUCAAUAGCCCUGUGACCAUCAUACCUGCUAAUAGUGUUGUGUCCAACACCCCUGUUGCCCGCUCAGUGGCCAGCAGUGUAUACAGUAACGUGAGAUCUGAAUCAGAUCAUCAGCUGUAUAUCAUGACUGAAUUUGCCAGGAAGUUCUUCACAGAUGCUUCCAGCAGACAAAACAAAGACAAAAGUUUUAAUGAGAUGGUGGAACACACUCCAAAUCCUAUUCAGGAAUCAUUGAUCCUUUUCUCAGACAAUGAUCUCAAUCGUCUUGGGACUCAAAACUUCAUGGUUUUGAUGCAGUUUAUGAUGGAUCAGCCUAUGAAGAAAAAUCAGACAGAGAGUGACUGUGUUAACUCCAUUUUGCAGUUGGGAAAAGAGAAGGAGUUCCUCAGAGAUGAGAUCUACUGUCAGGUCAUCAAGCAGACCACAAAAAACCCAGUGAAGGAGAGCUGUACCCGUGGCUGGCGUUUGUUCAAUCUGGUGACCGGAUUCUUCCCAUGUUCCAACACUCUCCUGCCAUAUUGCACCCUCCACCUGGAGGCCAUCAUUCAGGAUGCCAACCACCCUUUUCAAGAACUGGCAAGUGUGUGUUUAAAGAAUCUCAGACGAUCACUCCGUUUCGGAGGACGCAGACAUAUCCCUUCACAUUCAGAGAUGGAGGCCAUUUUGGCUGGGAGGAACUCCCGGCGGCUGCCCAUAAAGCUGCCUAGUGGAAUCGAAUUUACCUGCAAGAUUCGCAGCUUUAGUGUCGCAUUUGAGGUGCUACAAGACUUUUGCGCUGAGAUGGGCGUCAUAAAUUCAGCAGAAGUGAAGGAGUUCUCCAUCCAUGCCACUAAGAAGGGGGGUGAUGUGAAUCGACCAAUUCAUGCCGAUGAGUAUCUUUUUGACUUCCUGCUGGAUGAUGGCUCCAUCUCCCUCUCCUUUCAUCGAAUAAUCUGGAAACAGCCCAUGCAGUUCAGCAAUGAUCUUUAUCUGGAGUUCCACUACCAGCUGCUUGUGGCUAACUAUCUGGGAGGGAAGCUGUUGCUGCCCACGAACAGUGCUACAGUCUACCAGCAGGUGGCAGAGUUGACCGCUCUUCAACACCUUGCACUUGGCCUGACUGAUCUACCCUCCAAUGCUGAGGUAAAGCAAUACCUUCCCCGCAUGGAUCAGCUCAACUCCAAUGAUGAAAGACUUCUUGCUACUAUACGGGCACAGUUUUCUACUUUAGGCCCCCUCAGCCAUCUUGAUGCAAAAGCUCGCUUUAUCAAAAGUGUCAGUAUGCUGCCUUCCUUUGGAUUCGAUGUCUUCACCGCUCAGAAAGUAAGUCAUCGCAGCUGCCCCUCUCCCUCCCUGAUCGCAGUCAACCAUGAAUUUAUCAAAAUCCUUGAUCCCAAAUCACAGAAUGUGUGUUUGACGAUGUCUAUGGAGGAUGUGCAGUCCUUGCGCUCAAUCCGUCCCAAAAAAGACAAACUGCCAUCAGUUGAGAUCAGUUUUAGUGGCCAGACUCAACCCAGGACUGUCAGCUUCAGUCUAAAGCAGGCGAAAGAGCUGUGCCACACCAUUGCUGUGAUUAUGGAAGAAGUGGUGAAACCCUCCUACGGUAGUUUGUCCAGUCGCUCCGCAACGCCACAUUAAACAACCAACAUAUGCAAACUUCCCCUAAUAUCCCAUGACUUACUCCAAAGUUCAAAUAUGUCUCCUGCCAGUCGUUUUAUUUAUAAAAAAAGAUGUACAAAUAUUUGUGUAAGAUCAAGAUUAAUGCUUACAAAGUGUUUAAUUCAAUAUGCAGUAGACAUGGUUUUUCAGGGGUGUAAAGAUACUGCAAGAAAGAUGUAUACAGUACAAUUUUCUAUAAAAACAUCAUGACAUUUUGAACUGUUUGGAAUGAACAUUAAUUAUUUUUUUUGUUUAAUUUAGCAUCAUGAUGAUAUUAUACCAACAAAUGGGAAUGAUUUGUGAUUAUAUUUAUUAUAAGGUUGACCUAUAUUGUGUAUAUGUGUUAUAAUUAUGUUUAAUUAUUUGCCUCUGAAUAAAAGAAAACCGAUUAGUGAGUACAGGUGUCAAACUAUUGAAGUGU